UAGGAAAUCAUAUAUAGUAACAUUAUACUAACCCAACUCUACCUCUGAUCAGAGCAGCUGUGAGGCUUGUUUAUAUUUUGGUCAAGAGAAAUACCUACAGGAUGUGAAACUCGUAUUUUUGGCUGUGAUGUUUUGUGUUGCCGCGAUUUGCCACCAGGGUGUAGCACCAUCACUAUUGGUUUGGCGUCAUCGACUCAUUGCAAAUGGCUGAAUAGCGGCUGAACAUUCUGUUAACAUUUCUUUAAUCUUUCUGGGGGCAUUUUUCAUUUAGAUAAUAAACAAAUGUUUUUUAAAGGUAACACAAUCGUUAAAUAAUGUAAGACGUGUAAUCUGGUGUGAGUUACGUGUGUUGGGGAAGGAGGUACAGUGAGAUGUUGUUAGCUUCCCUCUGCUGUUAAGCCAAUGUAAGCCAUUAUUUACGUCUUCGGAAAAUUUGCCGUAAGUUUGUUAUACAGGUAAUAGAUUGUGAUAAUUUGGCUUGUUUUUCAAUAUUUUAUUAUUAGUAAUACAGUAUAAGUAUUGUAUUAGUAACAAUUUAGUUCUUAGUGGCCUGCUUGUCCCAGACUCCCUAGCUAGGCACCUCUGCUUACAGCGCUCGGCCUCCCAUCCAUAAUACAGGCGCAUUAGAUGCAGGGUAAUUUUUGAUACAUUUUUGUUUUUAAAAAUGCGUCUUAUGCGCCGGCAAAUACGGUAUCCUCUAUUCAAAUUUAAGAUUCAAAGCUGUUACUGUACUAAAAACAGAGGGUCAGUUUUCCUUACCUUAGCCGAGUGUAACACAAGCACUGGUUAUCAUAAGUUUGGAAUUUUGUGAUUAAUACUGAUAGGAUUAGAUAACAGAUAACAGGAACUAUGAGACAAUAGCUUCACAAUAAUGUACUUGAUAUGUACGAUUGGCUUUUGGUUCACCGACUUUCAUUGUGGGUGUUUUUCAGUGUCAGUUGACAUUAAUUCUUUUGCUCUUUGGAAGAACUAUCAUCUGUAUAUACAGUACUGUACAGUACUGUGCAGUAUUAUGAAUGAUUUUGCAUUGAAGACUCUUAUGGUCUUAAAGUGAAGUUGAAGUAUAAUAUUUAUCUUCUUUUAUUUCAUGGGCAUUCAUAUUUACUGUACCAUUAAAUGCUAAACUUUUUAUAAUAGUGAAUUUUAUGAAACUAAAAAAUCUCCAAAAUGAGUGACUUUUUAAAUGAGGUUUUUCCACCACUAGAAAACCAACCACUGGAAAACCCAUCUUCUGUGUUAAUGAAUGAAAUUACUCCCAGUUCAUUUACAAUAAAAAUUGCUGAGAAUAAAGAGGACGACAGCCAUGGAAAAACCAACUGCCAAGACCAAAUUUCUUCAACAAUGCAUAAAGUUCAUCCCAAUUCCAGUUUGUCAGAAGGUUUUGAGGCUAAGAGUGAUAAUUACUAUAUAUCUCAAAAUGCUUUUACUCGUUCAUUAGAGAGCUUCAGGCCAAAUGAAUAUCAAAGUAAAGUCCAUAUAGACUGGCACAAUUAUAAUGAGAUGUUACAUGAGAAAGGGAUGGAAGAUGCAGACCAUUGCAGGGAGUCAUCAGGAAGUGGCUACCUUUCUUGCAAUUCGCAGGGUGAAGAGGUAGUAGACGGCAUCAUAUUUGAUAUUAAUCACAUAAUGUCACGCCCACGCUCAGAAUCUAUUGCAUCUCUGGACUACUACCGUACACGUGAUACUCAUUUGCAGGUUUCAGCAAGAGAAGAACUGCAGAACCAGAGACAAGACAGUCCAAAUAAUGGAAGACAAAUGCAGCAGUCACGAAGACUCCCAUACUGGCUGUGGUUCAUCAUAGCUAAAAGUCUGGGCAUCAAACUUUCUCCUGAAGACAAGCCAAUUCUCGCCACAGUCCUGUAUACCCUCACAUUUAUGAGUGCAAUAACUUACUUCCUAAGUGACUGGUGGUUUACUGCUUCUGAUAUUGUGAGCGACUACACGAAAACAACGGUCAUCGAUGGCACUAUCAGUAUAUUUUUUACUUUGCUUUGGGGAGCUCUCUCCUUGUAUGCCAAUAAUCUAGCCUACAGAUUGUUCAGCCACAAGAAGUUUUUGGACAUGUUGAGACUUCAUUCUAAAACAAUACUGAAGAUGAAUGCUUCCAUUGUGUUGUUCGCACUCAUGCUUCUUCUUGCAGUCUUUAAUAAUAUUAAUGCCUUCCCGAACUUCAAAGAUGAAACUUGUCGAAGAGUGGCCCUCGAUGUGUUAGUCUGCAAAGUGAGGUAUAUUUCACGAGUCGUGUUGUCAGUGUUUGCAGUAAUAUGGAACUACCUAGUGGCUUUUGUUCUUGUUUCCACCUGCCGCACCCAUGUCAUAGGGAUCCGCAGGUUUAUGCAGGCACUAGAGCAGGACUCUCGUGUUUAUGAAUCAAGAUAUAUGGGUUUAGCGCAACAGGCAAACACAGACAGGCCAGUACUAGAAGAAUAUACUUGGUUUGAUGAAGACUAUUUGGAUGAGCUGCGUGACCCAGGUGGCAGCGACAUAGAUUCUAAUUCCGUCGCCCUCAUUCCCCAGCAGAGGAAUCAAGAUGACAAUGAGACCAGUGAGCAACGAGUAUCAUCCUCUGGGACAACGUCAAUCACUGUACCAGUUUCUUCUCCUGUAGAAGGGAGUUUGCCAUCUACAUCAAGUACACAAUCUUUUCAGCAAACUUUUUCAGUUCCUACAGAGGUGACUUGCCCCACCAAGGUGAGCAUAUCCAGUAGUAAUACCACAUCUGGGUCACAUGUUAGACCAGUACCUCUGAUGAGCAACUCUGAGAUACUCUUUAAAUAUUGGAAGAUUCAAGCACGUCUCAGGCUGUCAUCUGUAGCACUACAAAGAUGGAUGAUGUCAGUCAUCUCCCUGGUGAUAGUAUGGUUGGCUAUGAAUCUUGUGUUAUGGUUAACUUGCAAUCCAACACUUAUUGACCUUGCCAACUUCUUCCUGCCUCUAUCCCUGCUUCCACUCCUGUCAUCUGCUUAUGCAGAGGUUAAUCAGGAGGGGCUUCGGCUUUUGAAGUUUAUUUGUCCUCUCGAGGGGAGAUUGCAGAUGCUUUAUGUACUACAGAAUUCCCCACUUCAGAUGACAGUUUAUGGCUUUACUGUUUCAUACUCCACCAUUUCCACUGCAGCUUUUGGUAUUCUACUUGCUUUUGCCUCCAAGGUUCUCAUUCAAGAAAUAUCUGGGCCGUUGAUUUUAAAGAACUAGCCUUUGAGGAAUAGUAAAAUGAAUGGCAGAUUUUGAUCUCUUUGGUAAGAGUUGACAGCCUCAUUAGCCUAAGGAAUAGCCACCUGAAUAUGUAAUUUAUAUAUCAUACAGUAUUUUAUUUUUGAGAAAAAGUUCUCUGUUCACUGUGUUUACCCCACAACGGACAUUUCUUGAAGUAUUUUAAGAAAAGUACGUAUUUUACAUUGAAAUAAUUUCCUCUUUGUUUUUAAUACCCAUUUUAUUCUGUAAUAUAUUGUCCAUACUGUUUUUAAGUACGAUUUAUUAAUUAUGCGUGAUUGUAUUAUGUACUUUUAUAUGCACCUAAUGUUGAAGGUACUGUACUUUGAAGAUAUGAUUUCAUCUAUUCUUAUCUCUUGUAAAAUUAUUUUUGUAAUCUGUAUAUCAGGAACUCUAAUGAAAAUUAUAUACAGUAUAGAUUUAUAUUGGAAGUAGCUUUGAUAGACUGUGAUAAAGCAUUUUAGUACUAAAUAUGCAUGGUUAGUGAAUGCUAAUAUUUUGUGUUGUACAGUAUUAGUUCAUACCCAAUUUUUUCAAUAACUGCAAAUUGUUCAUUUCUGAUGUAAGUACAGGGGGCACCCCAAAUUCGUGGGGGUUGGGUUCUCCAAAUGGCUGCGAAUCGCUAAAUCCGCGAAUAACAUUUGCAGACGGGGUCAUUUUUACUUGCGUACAAGGAAAUGUACUGUAUAUUCUCUUUGUGUUUGCCCUUAGAACAAUUAUUUCUCUUACCUCUGGUAUUGUAUAUGUGUGUGUGUGUAGACACACACACACACACACACACACACACAAAACACGUACAAAUAAAUAAUAAUAGGAAAAUCCUCUCAUAAAUAAUCAGAAAAAAUUUAUUAAAAAUGUGACAGCCUACCUUCAAGUCUGUGCCCUACUAAUAAAGUACUGUAAUAGAGAAUGGACUUGAGGGUAGACUCUCACAUUUUUAAUAAAUUUGUUUCAGAUUAUUUGUGAGAAUGUUUUCCCAUUAUUAUUUAUUUG